AUGGCGAAGAGUUUUGGCAGCAUAUUAUUAACGAAAUACAACAAUAUAUUAGGCGACAUUCAAUCGGGAUUCAGAAAGUUGAUUCCACUGAAAGCCAACAAAUCUGUUAAUGGAUCAGAAGAGAGAAUAAUGAAUCAAAUGAUAACGAAAGCAAAUACCUACUCAAAUGUAGGCGCAGGAAAAAUUUCGUUGGAGUAA